CUGUUGUUGGGAGUGUUGGGAGAGGAAGAACGUUAAGUUUCAUCAAAUCAUCAUCCAACAAAUUGUGAAUUUUUUCCCAAUGUUAUGGUCAUACUAGAUACACUACUCUUUAGUUUGUCUAUAGUUAUGGUUUAGAGCUUUGAGGUUUUGUUUCCUAGCCCGUGAGAGUUGAGGGAUAUUUGAGAUUUUAUUCCUAUAGUAAUUUUCCUCAAAACAGCCAGGAUGCCUCGAAUAAUGAUUAAAGGUGGUGUUUGGAGAAACACAGAGGAUGAAAUUCUGAAGGCAGCAGUAAUGAAAUAUGGUAAAAACCAAUGGUCUAGGAUAGCAUCUUUGCUGCAUAGAAAAUCUGCUAAACAAUGUAAAGCUCGCUGGUUUGAAUGGCUUGAUCCUAGUAUCAAGAAAACUGAAUGGUCUCGGGAGGAAGAUGAAAAACUCUUGCACUUGGCCAAGCUUAUGCCUACUCAAUGGAGAACUAUUGCACCCAUUAUUGGAAGAACUGCUGCUCAGUGCUUAGAAAGAUAUGAAUAUCUAUUGGAUCAAGCACAGAAAAAAGAGGAAGGAGAAGAUGCAGUGGACGAUCCAAGGAAGUUGAAACCGGGAGAAAUAGAUCCCAAUCCUGAAACUAAACCAGCUAGACCUGAUCCCAAAGAUAUGGACGAAGACGAAUUGGAAAUGUUAUCAGAAGCACGUGCCAGGUUAGCCAACACUCAGGGGAAGAAAGCGAAACGUAAAGCUCGUGAAAAACAGCUCGAAGAAGCAAGACGUCUGGCGGCAUUACAGAAAAGGAGGGAAUUGCGAGCAGCUGGAAUAGAAGUUAAUUCUCGUAGGAAGAAAAAAAGGGGUGUUGAUUACAAUGCCGAAAUUCCAUUUGAAAAGAGACCAGCUUUGGGUUUCUAUGAUACGUCUAAUGAAGCUUUGGAUCCGAUGGCACCAGAUUUUUCCAAAAUGCGUCAACAGCAUUUAGAUGGAGAAUUGAGGACUGAACAGGAAGAGAGAGAGCGUAAAAAAGACAAGCAAAAGUUGAAGCAACGCAAAGAGAAUGACAUCCCGCCCGCCAUGCUGCAGAACGAAGAACCAGCAAAGAAGAGGUCAAAGCUGGUGCUUCCGGAACCGCAAAUAUCCGAUCAAGAGAUGCACCAAGUGGUCAAAUUGGGCAAGGCCAGCGAAGUAGCCCGAGAAAUUGCGACAGAAAGUGGCGUGGAAACCACCGACACUUUGUUGAAUGAUUAUACCUUUACACCACAAGCUACAGCCACACCUAGGACUCCAGCACCUCAGACUGACAGAAUUCUUCAAGAAGCUCAGAAUAUAAUGGCCCUCACACACGUGGAUACUCCUUUGAAGGGUGGCCUAAACACCCCAUUGCACAACUCUGACUUUGGCGGUGUCUUGCCACAAGCACAAUCUAUUGCAACUCCCAAUACAGUGCUGGCUACUCCCUUCAGAUCAACAAGAAGUGAUGGUAGUGCUACACCAGGUAGCACUGUUGGUUUUAUGACCCCCAGGACUGGUGCAGUUGUUCCAGUGGGGAACCAAAUGGGAAAUAUUACCCCUUCUGUCAGGGACAAAUUGAACAUAAAUCCCGAAGAAGGGAUUGUUGUAGGUAGUACACCAGCAGCCCAAAGGUCGUCACAGAAUGUCCUUAAAGAGCAAUUGAAGAUGGGCUUGCAUAGUUUGCCACAGCCAAAGAAUGAUUAUGAAAUUGUUGUUCCUGAAAAUGAGGAAGACGAAUUACUUGAUCAAGCACAUGAACAAAUGGUUGAAGAUCAGGCAGAUAUUGAUGAAAAAUACCAGGAAGAACUGAAAGCAAAACAAGCUCGAGAACUUGCUAGUCGCUCUAAAGUGAUUCAAAGGGAUUUCCCCAGACCACAGGAUGUCAACAUGUCUGUACUGCGCCCACCACAUGAAAGCUAUUCCUUAACUGACCUUCAAAGAGCAGAAGAACUCAUAAAAACCGAGAUGGUUACAAUGCUUCAAUUCGACAAUUUGAAAAAUCCUGUUCCACAGCUGAACAAGAGAACUAAUUUAUCUCAAGCUCAACAAAUGGGUUUUUUGGAACAACACCCAUAUGUAAAUUUCAAAGGUGACGAUUUGGAAGUGGCCAGAAUGAUGUUGAAAAGAGAGAUGGAGGUGGUCAAAGCGGGAAUGAGUCACGGAGAACUGCCGAUCGAGGCCUACACCCAAGUGUGGGAGGAAUGUCUCGGUCAGGUGCUCUACCUGCCCAAUCAGACUCGAUACACUCGCGCCAAUCUGGCCAGCAAGAAGGAUCGGCUGGAAUCAGCGGAGAAAAGGCUUGAGCAGAAUCGUUCUCACAUGGCGAAAGAGGCUAAAAAGGCGAGCAAGAUGGAGAAGAAAUUGAAAAUUCUGACGGGCGGUUAUCAGUCUAGAGCGCAGGCCCUGAUGAAGCAGUUGCAAGAUUCUUACGAGAACAUCGAUCAGGCUAAUCUGGAACUCAAUACCUUCAGAUUCUUGCAAGAACAAGAAAAUAGUGCUUUACCCAGGAGAGUACAGUCUCUCACGGAGGACGUUACCAGACAAAUGGAAAGAGAGAAAGUUUUGCAAAAGAAAUAUGCCGACUUACAAGAUCAUAUCAAAGCAUUACAGCAGCAGUACCAAUAUCUGCAAGAAGAUGUAGUUGUUGCUGCUCCUCCUAGCGUCACCAACCAUCAUGAUGAGGUGUCUUCCACCACCAAUGGAGUAACUGUUAUGGAGGACAGUAGUACCCAAUGAAAUAUUUUAUAAAUUUAUUCACAUUUUAUUUAAUUAAUGAUUACAUUGUGGAAGAAAAUUCUCAAGACUACUUUGCGCCUGCAAAAGCGUCCAUUGACGUACAGGGUGUGUCUUUUGAAAUUGAUUGCCUGCUAAAAUCUUUUUUCUCAAGAUAAGUAAAAGGGGUGUAUAUGAAAGUUGGAUGAAAUAAAUUAAAUUUUGCUUUCAACAUAUUUGUCACGCUUUUAGGUAUCACCCUGUAAACCUUCUGAUAACGGCUAUGGAAAGGCCUCAUUGCGGCAUUCAACUCCCGCAUAUUAUUUUUUUAUAUAAAAAAGUAACGUAAAUAUGGGGGUGGACCUUUUUGGUGGAUAACCCUGUACAAUUCAAAAAUUUUGAAUGGGUUGAUCUGUUUGGCAGGAGGUUGACAGGUUGUUGAAAAUGUUUGAGUGAAAAUAGAUUUUCAAAAAUGAAAAAAGGACUUCCAGGAUUUUAUUCCUAUUUCAUGAUACGUUUCCACCCUGUAUAUA